AUGUUUUCUGUUUGCACCCCGAAGCACUUUGCCCGUGCCUGCAACGCAGUUUCCACGACUUCCCACUCCCUCGCUGGGUUUCUCCCCGCGAGACUUUUCAGGGAGGCCACGAAGUCCUUCAACGUCUUUUUUCUCGCGCUCUGUGCUGUGGUUUCGCUCCAAAACCUCACAUCUUUUUCAAGGUCCUGGUAUAUCGUGUGCGUGCUCUUUACAAUUGCCGUUAGCAUCCUUAAGACAGCCGUGCAGGAGCUUAGGAAGUUCUCCCUCGAUCAGGCAGUUAAUAAACAGCAGGUUUUGGCGCUUAGAAAUCGGAAAUUCGCGAAAAUCUCCAGAGAAGAUAUAAAUCCCGGGGACAGGAUACUCCUGCAGGGGGGAAACCCUUUUCCGGUGGACCUGUUUUUGCUGGGGGCAUACGCAGAAGGCCUGGAGAAAGGCUUCCGAGAAGUCUACAUAGAAACCAGCGCAAUAAACGGAGAAAGCGCCCUGAAGGUGAAAAAACCCAUCCUGAAAAUUGGAAAAAAUGGAAAAUUGCUCCAAGAUGAAAUUGAUAAAAUUGAAGAAAUAAUCUGCGAAUAUUCCGAGAUUUACGCUGGAAAUUUGCGCAUUCUCUCCUCAGGACACGCCCAGGAAAAGACGUAUCCGUGCUCAGAUGAAAAUUUCGCCCCGGCUGGUGCCUCUCUUUUCUCGCAGUGCACGGUUUUGGGCCUCGCUUUGCCCACAAAAAAAUCACCCCCCCUGAAAACCCGCAUAAAAGAGUCUCUCUUCAUGGCGGAAGUAGCCAGAUUGGUCACGUACGUUCUGGCUGCAUACGCUGCGCUUUUGCUCGCCUCUUCCGUGGCGUCCGGGUACUUUAUCGGAAAAAGCGAGUGGCUUCUUGGGCCUGCAAAUACAUCCUUUUUGGGUCACGGACUGCGGGCAAUUACAGCGAACAUUCUCAUCUUCAGCAGCCUCGUGCCGCUUUCCCUCUUCGUGACUUUGGAUGGCCUCCGCAUAGCAUACUCCACUUUCAUUCACACUGACCCCGGAAUGAAAGACCCAGAAAACAGCCCAAAGUGCAACUCUCACGGAGUUAUUGAAGACAUUGCCCUGGUCUCGCACGUGCUUUCCGACAAGACAGGAACCCUCACAAUGAACAAAAUGCACUUCGUCGGAGUCCAUUUUCCGCUUGAAAUGUCCCCCUGUUUUUUUGAAGAACCGUUGGAAAAUUUCAGGUUUUCAGGGCCUGAAGAUGCUGAUUUUUCAGGUCUCCAGGACUCCUUUUUUUCAGGAGAGGCGCCUUUUCUUGCAGCACUUACAAUCCUGCUCUGCCACUCCGUGGAUGUCGUCGACGGGAAAUAUAUCGGCAUCUCCCAGGAGGAAGUCUGCAUGCUAGAGCGCCUUAAAAGCGCAGGAUUCCUCCUUGAAGGGAGAACAGAGACUGAAGUCACGCUCUCAGUCCGUGGAAGGCCCAGGAAGUUCCUUGUCCUUGGGAAAAUACCGUUUUCUGCUGCUGUUUCCAGAAUGAGCGUUAUUGUAAUGGGCCUGGGAAGAGUUCUUUUGCUUACAAAAGGCUCCAACGAAGUCGUUACGUGCGAGGGAGCUCCAGAAGUCAGCGGAGAAUUCAGGUCUCUCGCAAUGGCAGCACACGAUAUCUCCGAGAAAGACGUACUCGACUACCUCCAAAAGAGCUUCCACUCUGGAGAGUGCCCAGAAUGCGGACUUUCCCGGGAAGAAGUGGAAAAUUCAGGUUCUAACGGCUGCUCCUGCGAGGGACUCCACGAACUUAUCCAAAUCCUCCGGGAAAACCCCAAAAGAUCCCCCGUAAUUUCCUCCUUUUCAGACCCUGAAGAAGAGGCUUUUUCCGCGUGGAAUUCCCUCCAACUGCCGGUUUCCUUCCUCCUGCACUGCGAAGAAGCCUCUUCCUACGCAGGAACCCUCUACAUUCGGGACCAGCUCCAGCCCCACGCCCAGAAAACAGUCGAAGAAGUCGCCUCCCAAGGCGUUAAACUGUGGAUGCUCACAGGAGACAGGAAAGAAAGCGCCAUUUCCUGCGGAAUUUCCUCAGGAAUGCAGUACAAUCCGUACAAAGUUUUUGCAGGCAGAGAAAUCGUUCAGAUUCUCCUGGAAAAUCCAAAACUUGCAAAAGAGUCUUCCGUCAUCGUCUACAGAUGCUCCCCCGAAGAAAAAGCAGAAAUUGCUCACUCCCUCAGAAAAAUGGGGGAAAUAGUCCUUGCAAUUGGAGACGGGGAAAAUGACAUCGAAAUGAUAAAGGAGGCAGACGUUGGAAUAUGCGUCUGCGGAGUUGAGUCGAGCAAGCCUGCUCUUUCCUCGGAUUUGGUCGUUCCCUCCUUCAAAAGCCUCGGGAGACUCGUCGCUUUCCACGGGCCAAAUGCUUUCGGGAGGCUGAAAAGCGUCUUUCUCUUCUUCGUCUUCAAAAGCAUCUGUGUUUCCGUGUGUCAGUGCACUUACGGGGCAAUCGUGGGAGCUUCAGGGUCGAUGGCGCCUUCCUCCAUCUUCCUCCUUUUCUUCAACUCUCUUCUCACAUCCCCCCUCUCCAUUGAAAUGGGAAUUUUCAGAAGAAAGUGUCUAAAACCGUCUGUUUUUGACGCUUUUUUGCAGGGCGUACUGUACGGGGCAGCUUCUUUUGCGGUUGUUUACAGCAUAUUCGGGCGAAUUGAUGUUUUAGGGGGGAGUGGAGACCUGGCAGGACACAAAAUUGUGAGCUGCUUUUUCUCGCUCUGCCUCUUCAUCUCCACGCUCUGCUACUUCUUCUACUCGGCGGAGUCUUUUGUCUGGUGCUCCUUCUGCGCAGUUGCUGCUUCCGUGCUCUUUUUCGUGCUUUCUCUCGGGCUGGAAAGCGAGUUUUCCGUCUUCUUCAUGCCGGAAUUCUACGUUUGCGCGGUGUACAUGGCAGUUACAGCGAUGCUAGUUGAGAGGACUUGCUGCCUAGUCAGAAGGAAAGACCAGAGGAGGCUUCUGGAGGCCCUGGAGGCAGCAGAUCAUAGGUCCACCGCACAGAAUUUGCUGGAUCUAACGGGUGAUUUCCCCUGA